AUGGGUGAUACACGAUCCGUUACGAUUACAAUCGUCAACUCAACCGAGUUGACACUCACGCUUUCUCAGGACAAGCUGAACAACGGCAAUUGGGUGACUUCUCCACCAGGCACAAUCAACCCAGGCGAAACGACACCGCCCUUCGAAGCAACUGCCGGUUUUCAAGAGAAUGGUGUAGACGGUAGCGUCGUUUAUGGCAGUCAAAUUGGUCUAAUUACCUUUUCCUUCGACAACCCCAACAGCGGCCUGAACACAUUUUCUGGAAAGACCGAAAAUCCCAAUUAUAACAUUAGUCAUUCGACUGGUGCAGGUGAAGUCGCUGAUGUGACCUACAUACUUGAGAGCGAUCCUACCAGCUAA